AGGGAACCGGAGCUGCGACCAGAGGUUUCCACUCCCGCGAAAAGGGACCGAGGUGGGGGAGAGGCAAAAAAGAUGGGAGAAGGGCCUGAAGGGAGAAGGGCAAGACGAGGGAUCCCUAAAAAGGGCUGGGGACCGGCCGAGGCAACUGGAUGAGGCUGGGUCUCCUAGAGGCCUGGGAUUUGGUGAGGCCCUCCUGUGCUCAGGUGCUGUCAGAAUCCAUCCUGGAUCUCAAAGGCCACCUCUUCCUAGGACAUCCUUCAGCUUUCUAGUGUGACUUUAGGCAAGUUAACCUUAGUUUGUUUCACCCAUCAAAUGGGAUAACAGAAACUACCUGAUAGGAUUGUUUUGAGGAUGCAUUAUAUUAUGUGAAAUGCUAGUAUAGUCCCUUGCAUGGAGUAAACAUUAUAGAAAAGUUUGCUCUGGUUCUUUUUCUUCCUAAGGAGCUGUAUAUACCUGCCCAGGGCUCUGGCCUCAUUCUGCCGGGUCUCAUCUCUGUCUUACCCACCGGACUAUGAGCUCCUUGAGGGCAGGGCCCUUUCCUUUAUUACUUCAGUAGUCACCCCCACCCCCAAGAUACUGUGGUCCUGCUAAGGCCAGUCCCAAGGAGAGCUGAAGAGAUGUGUUUAGAUUUAUCCAGUGAAAUUGGAAAUUGCUGCUAUAGGUAGAAGCCAGAAGCACAAGGUUUUCCUCUGUCCUCGAGCUUAGAGACUAGAUCGGGAACUGAGAUGGGCACAGGGCAUAAAGAGAAACAUUAGUACUAAACCUCGGGGUACAGACUGUACUUAGUUCUGGAGCUCAGGGUAUGGGCUGGAGGGGCUGAGAAGGGCUCCUGCUGAUGUGGUCCUUUUACCAGGCCUGAGCCUGCAGCUAAGAAAGUGGGGCCUGUGCUGGGAGUGGUCAGUGCACAGUGAGCAGUGGUGGGAGUUAAGGCUGGGGAGGCGGGGAAGGGGCCAGUCUGCCCAAAGGCUCACUAGAAAAGGGGAAUGCCCUCUCCUUCCAUUGUGGCCUCCUCUUUCCUCCUUCCCAAUCUUGGGAGACCCCCAGAAUCUGAGCUUUAGAAACUCUGGAGCUGAAAGGCCUGGCCUCAGCCACUUAGUGGCUGUGUGACCUCAGGCACUUCUGCUCCCUGAGCCACAGUGUAGCUGUCUAUAAAAUGGGGACAGGAAUACCACCCAUGUCAUCUGGUGGUUGGGACGAUGGAAGAUCAUUCCUGCAGAGCACUUAGCACUGCCUCGCACAUUGUAGGCAGCUGGUAAAUGGAAGGUGUUCUUGUUUUCUGGGCAGACUUUGUCACCAAUGUCAGUGCUGAACUCUGACGGGCCCCCCCAAGGGGAGAGCCUCAGCCCUCAGGAGCCAGGUCCGCCAGCCAGCUCGGACAGUGACCCAGGCCACUUGCCAGAGGGGCUCCCUGAGGAGACUUCGCAGGUGGUGGAAGCCCUUUCCUUCCCUCUGAGACCCGACAUGCCCUCAUCCUACAGACCUCCUCCCACUUCCACCACCCGGAAGGGUCCUAAAGUUCUGAGCUUGGGGCUCCCUGGCCCGGACACCAGCGGGGACCCCGACUGGCCUGGGCUUCGGACCCUCCUGCAGCAGCUGCCUCCGCAGGACAGUGAUGAGCGCUACUGCCUGGCCCUUGGGGACGAUGAGCUGGCUGAGCUGCGGCUCUUCUGUGCCCAACGGAGGCGGGAGGCCCUGGGACAGGGGGUGGCCCGCCUGGUACCUCCCAAGCUGGCAGAACACACCUGCGAGAAGUGCAGGGAGCGGCUGAGGCCCGGGGAGUACGGAGUGUUCGCUGCCCGUGCAGGAGAGAGGCGCCGCUGGCACCCAGCUUGCUUUGCCUGCCAGGUCUGCGGCCAGACCCUGAUGAAUCUCAUCUGCUUCUACCACGACGGGCUUCUCUACUGCGGCCGUCAUCACGCAGAGCUGCUGCGGCCGCGCUGCCCGGCUUGUGACCAGCUGAUCUUCUCCCGGCGCUGCACUGAAGCGGAGGGACGGCGCUGGCACGAGAACCACUUCUGCUGCCAGGACUGCGCCGGGCCCCUGGGCGGGGGACGUUAUGCCUUGCCGGGGGGCGGCCCCUGCUGCCCCAGCUGCUUUGAGAGUCGCUAUUCGGAUGCCGGCUCGAGCCAGGCCCCGACCCUGGAAGGGAGGGCGUCGCUUGGUAAGGGAGAACGUGCAGCUCAAAGGGGAAGGGGCAGCGGCUUGGGCUGGGCUGAGGAGGGGAUUCUCCCGGGCUGGGACCCUCGCCCCGGUCCCACGCCGUCCCAUCCCUCCAGCAGCGCCCCCGUCCCCCCACCGCACCCCCCAGACCCGAGCCUCGGGGCCCGCAGCUCUCACCGCGCGUCCCUGGCCGGAGCGCUCCAAGGGCCUCCGGAACCCAUCCCGCGCCACCGUUGGGGCUGCGGCGCAGGACUCGCUCCCGGACUGGGGACGCGGCCGCCCUCUGGUGGGCGGUGGCGGGGAGGGGCGGGAGAGCCCGGGAGGGGAGUCACGGCGGCAGCGGCGGCGCGCACGGCUAGGGGGCGGGGCGGGAGGCCGGACCCCAACUGGAACUGGCUUCUGGGGCCCGCCCGCUCGGAUCAGGGAGAGGGAAGACUCCGGGCUCGGAGAUGGGCGUUUCUGACCCGGUCUGGAACAGGGGAGACGAGACUCGACAGAGUUGAAGGAGACUGCGCCCUGCUGGACCCCGCUACCACCUCCCGGGCAGCCCUUCUCGCCUCUGCUUCCCGCUCCAGUCCGGAAACCCAGAGAGGGCUGCUUCGAUCCAGUCCGGAGCAGGAGGGUCGAGCUGGGGACGAGGCGGAGGGACCCAAAGGGCGGGAGCGGGGCCGCCUGGAGACGCCCCUCGGUGCCAAGGAGGACGCCCCUUGCCCCACCUGCUCCUCUUCUGACUCGGAACCCGAAGGCUUUUUCUUGGGCCAGCGCCUUCCCGGUCCUUGGAAGACCCCCGGAAGCCUCCAGGCUGGGGACAGCGACACCUCCAGGAAGCACUGCACCAUUUGCUAGCGGCGCAGCCCGGAGAAAGAGGAGGGGAUGUGAUCUGU